ACUAGGUAGGUAAAUAAAAAUGGCAGCUUACAGAGCUAGGAUCAAAGAAUUUCACGAUGUACUAAAUGAAGAUCAGAUUAACCUAAAGCGUCUAAAGUCAAUGUGCUUUAAUGGCAUUCCAGAUGAGCCUGGCAGUGUACGUGCACUCUGUUGGAAGCUUAUUCUUAACUAUCUGCCUCUCUCUCCUAGUAAAUUUCUAUCAUUCUUGGAGAAGCAAAGAAAGCUAUAUAGCAGUUUCAUCCAGGAGAUGAUUGUCAAUCCAGGCAAGCAGCACUUUGGCAAGUCUGGCAAGAUAGAUGUCACAUUUGAAGAUCAUCCACUGAAUCCAAAUCCAGAUAGCCAGUGGGUGGCAUACUUCAAGGAUAACGAUGUGCUGGUUCAGAUCGACAAAGACGUUAGGCGUCUGUGUCCUGACAUUGGCUUCUUCCAACGUGCAACAGAGUUUCCUUGUCAGGACGUCGUUAAUGCUGCCGAAAUGGAGACUCUGCGAAAACGCGUGGAUUGCUCUGUUUUGCAGUCACACACCGUUAUGAAAAACAGACAGGGAGCAUAUAACUGGAAAUCGUCGAAGAAAUCUACGGUGGAGUACGACCUGCUGCCGGACGGAAAGGAGGCGCACUGGGAGGUCGUCGAACGCAUACUCUUCAUCUAUGCCAAGCUCAACCCAGGUCUCGCGUACGUGCAGGGCAUGAACGAGAUCAUCGGCCCCAUCUACUACAUAUUCGCUUCCGACAGCGAACGAGAAUGGAGCGAACAUGCCGAAUGUGAUGCUUUCUUCUGCUUCACAAAUCUCAUGUCGGAGAUUAGAGACAACUUCAUCAAAAGUCUGGAUGACUCUGCUCACGGAAUAGGCAAUAUGAUGAUGCAGCUCAUGAACAGGCUGCAGCUUCAUGACCCGGACGUGGGCUCUCUCAUGGUCACGCAAGACCUCAAGCCCCAGUACUUCAGCUUCCGAUGGCUCACUCUGCUGCUUUCGCAGGAAUUUCCUAUGCCUGAUGUGAUCAGAGUUUGGGAUUCACUCUUCGCCGAUAGCAAGCGAUUUGACUUCCUCAUUGACGUGUGCCUUGCUAUGCUCUUGUUGAUACGAGAUGACUUGUUGAAAAAUGACUUCUCCAGCAAUAUGAAGUUGUUACAGCGUUAUCCAGUUUUUGAUAUCCACCUAGUCCUCAGUGAGGCGGUUCGCUUGCAAAAGAGCUGACCAGAUUCAAGGUUGGCCCAUUAAUGAGCAAAUCUAUUGUCACUGAUGUAGACUCAUGUGAAUUCAAACAGGAAUUUGCGAAUAUUUAGAAAUAUAAUGUUAAAGUAAGUGCACUUCCAAGCAAGCAAAGCUGAAUAGCACUGAGAUUGUAUACAUUAAAUCACAGCCAGUGACAGAGAAUGCUCCAGAUGUUCCAGAUGAUACUUAACAUUAGGAGUGCAUAAAAUAUAGACUAUAUAUUAUGACUAUAUAUUAUCAUAUAUAUAUAUAUAUAUAUAUAUAUUAUAGUCUAUAUUAUGCACUCCUGAUAACAUAUUUUUUACAUCCAUAAGCGGGUAUGAGCAAUAUUGAGAUAGCAUUUAACAAACUCACUUGAAAUAGUGUUAGUUACCAUCUCUACUAACUGUGUAACAAGGUAACUUUCCCAAAUGCGGCAUGCACUAGUAUAUUUUUAACAUAUAAUGGGUUUGUUAACUAGACUUGCCACCUACAUGUGUAUAAUGGAAAAUACGAUAUUUUGAUAUAUAGUUAUCAAUAUUUUUAUGUACCUAUGUGAUAUCUUAUACUGUAGAUGUCUGUUAGUGUGCAUAACUCACACACUACCAACACUUUUUUGGUUUUGGAUGCAACUGUGUCAUGUAUUCAAAAUAAGUUUGCCCAGUAUUCAAAAGAUUUGGGUGCAUGAUGUAUAAUUCAAAGUGUAAAUAUAUCCUCAUGUAAUUACAGAAACCAAAUGUUCAUUUAUGUGCUUACGCAAUAUCUA